AGUCUUUUUUGUAUGACCUAUCUUGUUUGUUGUCUCAUUUGAUUUAUUCGAGCAGACAAUAAAUUUACUUUAAUUUUUCACGCUUAAAAGAUAAUUCUAAUUGAAACUCUAUUUUUCAUCAAAAUAUGGCUGGUUUCAGACAAUUUAUUCGCGAUGGUGUCAAGGCUUAUCAUGUAUGGCCGGUAGCAUUUCUUGCUUUUUUGGUUGGUCCGGGUUUAGCCGUUUAUCAAUCUUACCAUCAGAUUAGCGGUCCGGAUGUUCGUGUGUUGAAAAAUUUCGAAACACAACAAGCUUACGAGAAAAAGCAAUUCAAAUAUCUAUCAUCGAUCGAUCAUCAGAAUUAUGAGCAUCCUCGCCCGAAAUUUUAAAUUGUUAACAAUUCCUUCUAUUAAUUAUUAAGAACAGAUCG